AUGGGCAAUUAUCCCGCUGACAACAAGAAGGUCAAGAUUGAGUAUUUGGAAGCUGUUGAAUAUCUUGAGCAUGCCGAAGCAACUACACAGUACUGGACAUUUCAGGCCAUGAUGCCAGCAGGACCAUCAAUGCACAUUACCCAGCACUUAGCCCAGGCAAAUGAGGCCCUCAAUACCGCUCAUUCAGCCAUUUUGGCAAUAGAGGCUAGAUCACCACCCACUGCCCCUUGGAUGCCUGAUUCCCCUCAGCAUCAGGAAGCUCUGAUUUUGCACCAACACUGA